GCAAAAGUGACACAGGGACCGAAACGUGUGUGUGCGCCCGGCUGUCUGCUGCAAAGUGGCGGCAGCGUGUACCGUGCUACUUGGGACUUGGGAUACUUUGGGGGGUUAUUUCUUUAUUUGUUCAAAACUUUGUCCUUAUCUCUAUUCAUUGAGGCCUACCUAGCCAAACCCACGGACGGCCUCCAGUAGCAGCAUCGCUGGUGACGGACUGUACAGAAACACUAAUCACGUCUUUCUAUUGGUUAAGUGCUAGAGAUGCGGUGCGCUCAUUGGCUGCUACUGCUUGUCACUCAUUUGACGCACAAGUGGGGGUUUCAACAUUUCUUCUGUAAUUGAUUUAAGGGGAUCAAUUGUAGAAUUAAAUGCUUUACAUUAGAAAGUUUGCGUAAUCUCAUAGAUUUAGCAGGAGGUCCCUGCCUUCUCGUCUCUGGUUUCCGAGGGCGGUAAAUGGUUGGGUUUUCUUAGCAUUUCGUUUUUCCUGUUGACGGUGUUGCAGUGGACAGGAGGUCAUGAGUACCUCUAGGAGAGCUCCAGUGGAGAAUAACCUCACCUGUCCGUCACUUCGCCGGGACUCUGCCACCUCUCACACUCCCAGCCUACCACCAUGACUUCAGAUCAGGAUGCUGCAGUGAAGUUGGCAAAGGAGCGGGCAGAGAUUGUGGCCAAAUAUGAGAAGGGAAAGGAGGGAGCAACAGUGGAGCCGUGGGAGGAUGCAAACUUUCACCUGUACAAAGUCAUCGACCGCUUCGGCUUCCUGCAUGAGAAUGAACUGCCAUCACAUGACUCGGUGGAGGAGAAGCACAAGCACCAGGAACUGGAGAGGAUCACAAAAUGGCUGAAGAUGUUAAAGGGCUGGGACAAGUACAAGAACAGCGAUAAGGUGGUGCGGCGGGUCUAUAAGGGCGUUCCUCUGCAGCUGCGUGGAGAAGUCUGGGCCCUGCUGCUCGACAUUCCUAAGAUCAAGGAGGAGAAGAAAGACUUCUACGAGAAACUGAAGCUCAGGGCACUUGGUAUGUCCCCUGACAUCCGACAGAUAGACCUGGACGUGAACCGCACCUACAGAGACCACAUCAUGUUCAUGCAUCGCUACGACGUCAAGCAACAAGCACUGUUUCACGUCCUCACAGCCUACUCAAUUUACAAUACGGAGGUUGGCUACUGCCAGGGAAUGAGUCAGAUCACUGCUCUACUGCUGAUGUAUAUGAAUGAGGAGGAUGCAUUCUGGGCUCUGGUCAAACUGCUGUCAGGACAGAGGCACUCUAUGCAUGGGUUCUUUGUGCCUGGAUUUCCCAAGCUCAUGAGAUUCCAGGAGCACCAUGACCGAAUCCUGAAGAAGAUGAUGCCUAAACUCAAACAGCACCUGGACACCCAGGAGGUGCACACGAGUCUCUACACCAUGAAGUGGUUCUUUCAGUGCUUCCUGGAUCGAACUCCAUUCACACUAACCCUGCGGAUCUGGGACAUUUAUAUCCUGGAGGGAGAGAGAGUGCUGACCGCCAUGUCCUACACAGUCCUCAAGCUUCACAAGAAGCACCUGAUGAAGCUGUCUAUGGAGGAGCUGGUUGAGUUCCUUCAGGUGUCCCUGAAUAAGGACUUCUUCUUUGAGGACGACUUUGUGAUCGAACAGCUGCAGAACUCCAUGUCCGAGCUCCGCAGGGCUAAACUAGAGCUACCUCCCCCAGGUAAAGAGGAGGAGUUACCCAAGAAGCCUCUGGGACAGCUUCCUCCCGAACCGCUGACCAAUCACAUGGCUAACGGUCAGACGCCAGGUGGACAGGCAGUGGAUGGACCGGCCUCACGCGGGCCCAGCCCAGCCAAUAAGAGCGUUAGUUUAGCAGUAGGGGUGGGGCCGGCUCCAGGCCCCUCCCCCGAGCGUCCAAAAGACAGCCGGCCCCCGAGUCGGACACGGCGGGACUCUCUGGACAAGCUCCUGCGCCUCGCCAAAGUUGGCAGCGGUGACCGCAGUGGGGGGCGGAACCGCGGUUCCGGCGGCAGCAGCGACACAGAGUCCCGAAAGCACCAGCCCUCCGAGAGGGGUCCGUCCCCGGUCCCCACACCUCCGAACGGCACCAGCACCCCUGACUGGGGACCCCACAAACCCUCAGGGGGGCCUCAGGGGCAACAGCAGCACCACGCGGCCGCCAACCACAACUCCAACGCCGGGUCCAGCAAUCGCCCCGACCGGCCCUUCACCCCGCGCUGGGUCAAGCCCUCCGAGACCAAGCUGGAGGCGGCUAAAGCGGCGGCCAAGCGCGAGAGUCAGCAGAGUCGCACCGCCUCGCCCUUGCCCCCACUCACGCCGACGACGCCCUCUGACCCCGGCCAGCAGGGGCAGGGUUCGGGGCGGCGGCCGCGCUCUCACGGCUUCACGCAGGGCUCCAACCGCGCGUCCAACGCCUCGCAGUACGACAACGUCCCCGGCCCCGACGGGCUCCCCGUCAUGGAGGUGCUGGAACUGGAGCACCCCCCCUCGCGGCCUCCCUCACGGCCCACCUUCGUCAACCCUCCGCCGGCAUCCCUGCACCAGAGUAGUCCAACGAGGCCCCCUAGUGGUGGCUUUAGCAGCAGCAGCAGCGCUCCCGCGCGCCAGCCCAAGCAAAACAUGGCCACCCCACUGCACAUGCCCAACUCCCGAGUGGCGCACCAGUCCCCGCACUACUACCCCCCGGCCACUAGUGGUCAGCACUCUCCGGCACGCACCACCAUGGUGCUGCCGUUCGCACCCUGCGGCGUGGACGCCCGGCCCCCCGGGGAGAGGCACAACUACGGGCUCAGCUACGGCGAGCGGGGCUACGCCACCACCCAGCGGCAGCCUCGCAACGCCGGCCUCACUUCCCCCGAGAAGGCGCUGAUGAACAACACCUACGCCACCUACCGCCGCCAACCUAACCCCUCCCCACUUCGCCACCAGCACCCUCCCCUCUCCGUGGCCCCCCUCGACCUGAGCACCCAGCUGGACAGUAGCGGUGGUAGUGGCGGGCAUUUCGGUGGACAUUACCUGCCACAGCGCCAUCCCGCAACUUUCCAGCCUAUGGACUACCAGCCCCGAGGCCCCUACGAGGCCCGGAGGAGGGAGCUGGAUGACGGCGCCUCGUACCCAGCUGAGGUGAGGGGCGGCUGGGGAGGCCGGGAGGGCGAGGUGCCCCGUUCCCCCGGGGGCAUGCCUCGAUCGCCCAGCUUCCAGAAGGCGCAGAUGACCCCCGUAGAGGAGUUCAUCUUCCCCCCGCCGGGCACGGACGCUGUGCUAGGGAGCGUCUACAGGGGGGGCUACCACCACCCCCAUUCCCACCACCAAGAGCAGCUGCCGCAGGGCGCCGCCAGGCAACAGCUCCCCCAUCUGUUCGGAGGUGGACACUACAGCCACGCGCAAGAGGCCUUUGCCAUGCAGGAGUCCAUGUUGCUGUGAGGGCUACAGAGAGAAGGGGAUAGAGGACAGCGGGAGGGGAGGAAGAAGAGAGGAAAGAAAGGAGAGGAGAGAGAGAAAGAGAGAAGAAGAUUGUUGACACUUAAAGUGCGGAGUGAGAGAAAGCAAUAGAGUUAUGUCAAAGCAGAGGCCAGGUGUUUUUGUUGUACUGUUUUGUGGUUUGUUUGUUUGUUUGUUUUGAUGUUUUUGUUUGUUUAUUGGGUUUUUAUUUUCUGUGUGACAGACUGACUGUAAUCCCUUCAGGAGCCGUGUGGUGGCAGAGGUCUGUAGCCUCAGGCAUUUUUACUGAUAAACUCACGUUUUGCGAGGAGAAAUAUCUGACUGACUGAAAAGAUGUCUUUUUUUUUUUGUUGUUGUUGAAAUAAUCAUUAACAAAGAAUGUUAGCUAUCAAUCUUUUGAGAUUUAAAAAAUGUACAGUGAAUCUUUUUGUUUGUUUGUUUAUAUGCCUGAGUUAUUUAAACGACUUCGUAGAUAUUGGGGGAGACUUCUCCUGGAAAGAAAAAAAAAACUCAGUGUUGGUUUUCUUUGGUCCAUCUUUAUUUUUUUAAAUGAGUUAGAUUCCUGAUACACAUUACCCUAGAGGUCAGUUUAUUCUAUUCUACUUGUGAAUAUCAUAUUUUUGGAGAGACACUUUAAGAGAAUAUAUGUUUGCAUUUAUAAAAGUCAUUGAAAGCAGUGAAGGAGACGUCACUGUGUAUAUUUCAUUUCCCAAGCACCUCCACAGGACGCGUCCUUUCCUUUUCCAAGUGAGGGAUUGGUUCUUGUUGUUGUUGUUGUUAUUGUUAUUGUUGUUAUUGUUGUUGUUCAAUAUGAUGAAUGCAGUAUAUGAAUAUAUUUUAUCUCCCCAGUGGGAGCUCAGCGCCAUCGUGUCUCCACUCCAACCCCCAUUUCAAAACACACACACACACACACACACACACACACAUACAUACACACAAAGGCUCACGCACACACACACACACACACACACACACACACACACACACACACACACUCCAUCCCAGGGGUCAAUCCUAGUUUAGCUUCAUUCCAGGCCUGAUCCCAGUCACUCCAGCAUUCCUUUGGGAGCAGGAUUUUCAUUUUGGAAACAGAACAGUUCUGUUGCUUUUCGCUGACCAAAGGGAGGUGUGUGUUUUUAUGUUUUUGCUCUCGGACCUGGAUUGUCCUGUGUCUGGGCAACACACACACAGACACACACACACAGUGUGUGAAGUGAAUGAUUUAUUGAGUGAUGCUUUUCUUCGGUGUGUGUUAAACACAGGAUGAAUGAAACACUGUACUUUUUGUAAUUUUUCAACACGGUCAUACAAAUUUCCCCCUCUCUUAUUCUCUCUCUCUCUCUCUCUCUCUUUAACACACACACACACAAACACAUAGUGUAUUGCUAGUUCAAGCUGAGCUAUAGGAGCUCUAAAGCUUCAUUUGCCCGUAAAUAAACAGUAAUAUCUUCAGUUGGACACACACAUAUAUAUAUAGAUAGACAUAUCCCUGUUUGUGCGUGUGUGUGUGUGUGUCUAUGAAUCACACGCACACACAUAUACACACAUAUAUAUAUAUAUAUAUGAGAGAGAGAGAGAGAGAGAGAUUGAUAUUUAUACACACACACACACACACACACAUAUGUGCGCAGAGAGAGAGGGAGAGAUUUGUAUGACAGUGUUGAAUGAGAGUUUUACUACUUCAUACGUUAGGUCAUUUAAUUCCAUAUAUACAUACAGGCACACAUUUAAAAACCAGCUCAUUCCAAAUCACUCACACAUAAUUGCGCGCACACCCACACACUCCUAUGGAUGUAUCCUUUAAUUUCAGCCCCUACAGGUUCUUAAUGGUGUACACAUUUUAUAUUGAUGCAAUGCUUUCUUUUCUUCAGUCAGUAUAAUUACCAUAUUACAUUCAGAGCCAUUUGCAUUUUGUGUUAAAUUACUAAAAAUGAAGAGGUUAUUGGAUCAUAACUGAGACAAUGUUCUCUUUCUCUAAUAAACACUGCCUGGGGCAAAAACUAU